CUGGCCCUGAGACCACGUGCGAUUGUAGCACCUCAGGCACACUGGAACGGCCGACCCGACACUUCCAGGAUGAAACGACCAAAGCUAAGGAAAGCCAGUAAGCGAUUGUCAUGUUCAAAACGGUAUAAAAUCCAAAAGAAGGUCCGAGAGCACAACCGAAAGAGAAAAAAAGAGGCCAAGAAGAAAGGAGUGAGCAGACGACCCAAGAAAGAUCCAGGAGUGCCUAGCAGUGCUCCAUUUAAAGAGGAAGUUCUGCGGGAGGCAGAGCAGAGGAGACUGCAGAUUGAGGAGGAAAAAGAGAGACGAAAACAAGCUGCAAAAGAAGGGCGCGCUAAGAAGAGGAAACAGGAAAAGGAGACUGGAUGUAAAGAAAAAGAACCCAAAGCCAAAAAAGCACGUCAGGAUGAGACUGCGAAGGGUCCAAGGGAAAAAAAUACCACAAUAAGGAACUCAAAAAAGUUUCUUUGUGCUGAACUAAACAAGGUCAUCGAUGCAUCUGAUAUUGUCAUAGAGGUGCUGGAUGCUCGUGAUCCAAUGGGGUGCAGGUGUCCACAGGUGGAGGAGGCAGUCCUGCAGAGGGGGGGCAAGAAGAUACUUUUUGUUUUGAGCAAAAUAGAUUUGGUACCAAGAGAAAAUGUGCAACAGUGGAUACAAAUAUUACAGCAGGAGUUUCCAGUUGUGGCCUUCAAAGUACCAAGACACCAUCGAUGUAUAAAAACGCAAGCAAAGAGGCGGCGCAGGAUCAAGCCCUCCAAUAAAAUUCUUGACCUACCCAAAGGAUCAUCCCUUCUCACUGAUCUGCUCACACAUUAUGCUGCAAACAAGGAGGGCAAAUCUCGUCUCCAAGUGGGCAUCGUUGGCUUUCCCAAUGUGGGUAAGAGCAGCCUAAUCAACACUCUUAAGGGAAGUCAUGCAUGCAUUGUUGGUGUGAAGAGAGGCGUCACAAAAUCCAUGCAGGAGGUGCAAAUCUCGGCAGCUGUGAAUUUGGUAGAUAGUCCGGGAAUACUGGCAUGUCCGUCCAACCCGGCAGCCACCAUGGCUCUGAGGAGCCUGCAAGUAGGGGGCGGCCAAGAAAUUGUGGAGGAGGCUGUCGGGACUCUGCUCAAGCAGUGUGACAAGACUCUGAUCAUGCUCAAUUACAAUAUUGCUAACUAUAGAACCUCUGGGGACUUUCUAACCUUGUUGGCCAGAAAGCGUGGAUUCUUGCAAAAGGGUGGCAUCCUCAACACGAAGCAGGCCGCUUCAUCGUUUCUGGACGAUUGGACAGGAGCCGUGCUGCGCUACCACUGCAAGGCCCCUGAUCAACACAGCCUCCCUGCCUAUGUGACAGACACUGUGGUCACAGAGAUGUGGAGCAGCUGGGAUCGUAAACAACUGGAAACUGGCAACCAGAAAACUUUGAAAAAUAUAAGAUUCCCAAUCCCGGCCAACUGUAUCGAGUUUGUGUCGAACGGUCCCACUACAGGUCUGCUGGUGGUCAGCGACAUCACUGAAGAAAAAGUUGGUGUUGGACCCAAUGAGGAGGAUGUUGAGGCAGAGAACAAAGAGCCUGAACAAAAAGCUGAUGAGACAAAUGCAGAUGAACCGGAAAAAGUUUCACCCGAAGAAACAAAUCAUGUUCAGUUCAAGUCAGCCCCCAUCAACACCAGUUCCUCCACAGUGGAAACAGAUGAUGCCUAUGACUUUAACACUUAUUUUAAAUAAACUUGAGCCUGAGGUCA